AUGAAUAACGUCAAUUCUGAUCUGAAUGGCAAUUCUGGUACUAUUGAUGGCAAUUUUGGCUUUGCUGAUUCUGCUAAGAUGCCUAUUCUUCAUAAUUUUUCACAAGGUGCCACAGACCAUAUCACUUCUUCUUUUUCAUACUUCACUGGAUGCAAAAGAAUUAAACCAAUUAGUGUUAAACUUCUAAUGGAGUUGAAUACCUUGAGGAAGAUUGGCUUAGCUGAGCUUAAAACUAGUCUCUAUGGAUUGGUAGAUCUUGCUUCACCUAGUGCUACUGCAACUACUGUUUCUUUCUGUAAUUCUUCAUCAACAUCUCAUUCAGCUUCCUUUAAUCUCUGGCAUUAUAGAUUAGGCCAUCCUUUUCAGAUAGGAAAUUCUAUGGAUGAGAUUAAUAUAGUGAUGGCUUUUCUUGAUGAUUCUUUUAGAAUUAAAGACUUAGGUGAACUCAAAUAUUUCUUAGGUAUAGAAAUUGCCAUAUCAUCUAAAGGUAUUUUGCUUAAUCAACGAAAGUAUGCUUUAAAGUUGUUGAUUGAUGUAGGAUUAUUAGCUUCAAAGCUUGCUAAAUCCCUUAUGGAUUGUUCACUAAAAUUAAAGCAAGAUUCAGGAGAUCCUAUUCCUAAUGUUUCCUUUUACAAAAGGCUUAUAGGGAGGCUCUUAUACCUUAUCACUACUCGGCCUAAUUUGGCAUUUUUCAUGAAACAAUUGAGUCAAUAUUUAGCUCAUCCCACUACUGUCCAUCUACAGGCAGCACAUCAAAUUUUGAAAUUUAUCAAAGGUUCUCCACAAAAAGGUUUUUUCUUCCAUGCGACUUUUGAUCUUCAACUCAAGAGCUUCAGUGACUCUACUUGGAAAUCUAAAAAGCAUACCAUAAUUUCUCAUUCAUCUUCUGAACCUGAAUAUCAAGCUCUUGCAGCUGUCACAUGUGAAUUGCAAUGGCUAACUUAUUUGCUUAAUGAUUUUUGUGUUCCAUACAAAAAGCUUGCUUUGGUCUAUUAUGAUAAUUAG